AUGAGCUCCUCAGAGUCCCCAGAGGCGCCACAAUUGUGGCGCCUCUUCGAUGAGGCUCCUGAAGAGGAAGUGUACCCACCCCAGGCCCUGUCACGCCCAGAGGCGGCACAAUUGUGGCGCCUCUUCGAUGAGGCGCCUGAAGAGGUGGUGUACCCACCCCAGGCCCUGUGCGACUUCACUCUCACCACAAAGGACGGCGGCACCUUCAGGGUGCACACGGCCAUCCUGGCGGGCUCGUGCAAAGUCUUCGACCGCCUUUUGCAAGACGUGCCUGGCACCAAGGCGAUGUCGGUGGUGGAGACGGCGCAUGAGCUGCAGGUCGGAUUGCUGGACCCCCUCUACCGCCGACCAGACAUGCUAAGCCCUCCAGUGCUGACCAACAUGGCGGAUGUGCGCCUCAACCUGGAGCUGGCCCGAAAGUACCAAUGCGAGGCGCUGACUGCGCUCUGCGACCGCUUCCUGUACCAGUGUGAGCUGUCCAUUUGCCCAGAGUGA